AUGCCGAAGCAAAGUUAUUACACCGGCAAGGCAGGGCUCCUCAUGUGGGUGAACGAGAUACUGGACCUCAAUGUGUCAUCGUUCGAUGAGUUUUCCAACGGCGCGGUGUACUGCCAGAUGAUGGACGCAUUUUUUGAGGAAUGUGUGAGCAUGGCCAGGGUGAAUUUCCACGCUGAAAAGGACUACGAGUCCUUUGCAAAUUUCAAGAUUUUCCAGGCAGCCCUUGUGUCUGCUGAGUUGCCAAAGCCGAUGAAUGUCCAGGGCCUCAUCAAAGGGUCGCACAGGGAUCAUCUGGAACUGCUGCAAUACCUUUUCAUGGUGCUGUCCAAGUACUCCACCAUCCAUGGUUAUGAUCCGGAUGCCCGCCGCCGCUUGACUCCGAGCAAAGGACUUCAGGGCAAGAUUCCCAUCCCCAUGCUGCGGCAGGCCAAGUUUGAUGUCCAUGGUCGGGUGGAGUCAAGGAAGCUUGUCAACAAUGGGGAUAAGGUUGUGCUCCAGGCACGAGAUCCCCUCAAGGGCCGCCUGAAGACGCCACCGCCAAUGUCCAAGAAAGCUGCCAGAAACAGGUCCUUUUCACCAGGGAUGCGGUAUGACCCCAAUGCUGACCCUUGCCCUUCACCAAGCGCAAGCCAGGAUAGCAUGGCAUCCCGUGGCUCCCCUGAGCCUAACUCGAAGGCUAUGGCCAUCCCCAGGCUGGAGCUCCAAGCUGUGCCCAAGUCCGAGGGCACUCCCAACCCAUCACCCCAUGGCUACUCGUCGUCGACCCCUGAUCCGAGUGGCAAGGGCUCUCCUCGUACCGACGUGCUGCUCUCUGAGAUUAUUCCACCUUGUCUGAAAUCAGCGAAGCAAGGGGUGCAGGCCUUUGGGCAGGCUGGCCAAACACUGAGGGCGCUGCUGGAGCAGCUUGGGACCCAGCACGACACUUACGCAUGCAGGGCGAAGCUGCACAGCCUCCGGGAUGCGAUGGCCACCCUCAUGAGGCACACAAGUCUUCUGCUCGAUGACUUGGUUGCUCCAGUCAAGAAACUGAAGGAGUUGGGAGUGAAAGAUGGAAGGAUGCUUGAGAAGGAGUCUGGUCAUCUUGGCGACCAGCUGGCAUCUGGCAAGCAGGUCUUCCAAAAUCUUAUUAUUGAUCUGUCUAAUGCUGAGAGGAGGCACCCAGUUCCAAAGGGCACAGGCGAGAGUGGCAUAUCAGACCAGCUUAGGGAGCGAACUGAGUCUGAUAACUUGGAUGGUGCACUGAGAAAGGUUGGAGCGGCAAAGGCAGCACUUGCUCGGGCCCUUCAAAAGAUCGGUGGUUUUGAGGUUGGUGGCAGGGAGGGCCGCGGGUCAAGGCAGCUGGAUGAACUAACUGUGGAGCUUGGCAAGGAGCUUGGAAAUGGAGUGGACCUUGAUGAGGGACUGCGGGCACCCCACCCGGAGCGUGUUGAGAAGGUCGAGGAGUCUGAGGCUCACAAUCCACAGCAGGGCGGCAAUGGCGAUGGUGGAAAUGCUGCUGGCACCAGUGAAGUGUACAAGGGGCAGUACGUGAAGAACAAGAAGUGUGGCUAUGGAGUCUACACCUUUGUGAAUGGGGACACAUUCCAAGGAGAGUUCAAGGAUGAUGAGAUGCAUGGAUACGGGCUGUACACAUUCUCACAUGAGGGCCACUAUGAGGGCCAGUGGGUGAUGGGGGUGUAUGAAGGACUGGGAACCGAAACAUUUGCCCUCGGAUCAACAUACCAUGGGCAGUAUGUUGAGGGCUCCCGCAAUGGGUGGGGUGUGUGCAGAUACUACAACGGUGACUAUUACGAGGGACAGUGGAGAGAGGGACUUCGAGAGGGAAGAGGAAUGCAACAGUGCACGGAUGACAGCAACUUCGUGGGCGACUAUCUGUACGGCAAACGCCAUGGCUACGGGAUCUACAACUUCCCCAAUGGGGACCAAUACUAUGGGGAGUAUGUGAACGACAUACCACACGGGCAUGGGGUGUACCGGUUCAGCAAUGGUCAGAAAUACGAAGGCCAGUGGCAAGGUGGUAAGAAGCAUGGCUCCUGUGUCUACACUGUGGAGACGAACGGUGUGUGGGAGAAGUGGGCUGGAGAAUGGGAGGAGGGUCGCCCUGUGUGGGUGGAAAGCCUGUCCAAGUGGAGUGACAAUCUCACUGGCAUCCCAGAUGACCUCAGGUCCAAGAUGGACAAGGCGAUGGAAGCGUGCAGCAGGGCCCAGGAUGUUGGGAAGAUCGGCAAGUCUCGUGCGGAGGAGCACUGGCAGACGGAUGGGCGCAUCCAACGUGCAAUGCGCGAAGUCGUGCACAAAGCCGACAAGGCAGCCAUGCUGGCUCGCCAGGGCCAGCGGCGUGCCAUGGAAGUCGCUGCGAGGCUUGACGCCUCGGAAGCCAGAAAGAAGUCAAAAUCAGCCGGUGCACGGGUGGCCCGAUGA